AUGGAACAAGCACAAAAUGUUGGUAAAGAAUGUGGUCAAACUUAUGUACAAGUUACUUAUGACUUAGGCAUUGCUAAAACAGCUUAUAAAAUUCAAGCAACAGAAGGUUUAAAGUUUAGUAAUCUUUUCAUACAUCUUGGCUCGUUUCAUUUAAUGAUGGCAUUUUUUAAAGCGGUAGGUACUUUUAUCAAUAAGUGCGGGUUAUCUCACAUGAUGAUUGAGAGUGAAAUUAUUGCUUCGGGGUCUGUAAAUGGAAUAAUUGAGGGUAAACAUUUUAACCGUUGCAAACGUCUACACCCGUUAAUUGCAUUAGGCUUACAAAUAUUGCAUUUCGAUAUAUUUUUAAAGAGUAAGAAUGCUGAACAUGAUUUUGUGAAAGGACAAAUUUAUGAAGAUCUGCUAGAAUAUCAAAACAAAAAAAUUUCGUUACCACCAUCAGCGAGCACGGAUUUAAUACCAAAUGAAGUGUUAUCGGAACUGCUCAAUUCUUAUAAAAGGUACGUAGAAAAUUCCAGACAAGGCAACCACGGAAAAACAGCACAAUUUUAUAUGAUCUACAUCGAGUUAAUUAGUCACUACAUAAACCUGUCGAGAAGCAUACGUAUGGGUGACUUUGAAAUGUUUAAGUACGUGAUUCCGAAAAUGGCAAAUUUAUUUUUUAUUGUUAAUCAGCCUAACUACGCUCGAUAUUGUGUAAAAUAUUCGGAAAAUUUGAAUAAUGUCAAUAAAACUCACCCUGGACUAGAAGACGAUUUUUAUAAAGGAAGUUUCGGAGUAAAAAGAACCGACAAACCAUUCUCACGAAUACCGAUAGAUCUCACUCUGGAACAAACAAUAAAUGCUGAUGCAGCUAAACGAUUGAGUGGUAUUGCUCACUUUACUAAUUCUAUAGCUGCACGACAACGAUGGUCAAAAAGUCACAGCAUAAGAGCAGCAUUGAUAUCACACGUCUUGGAUGUUUGUGGCUUAAGGAACUUACAAGAUAUAACAGCAGAAUUACAACCUAACAGAAUUAAAAUCUAUGGAAAACAAAUUGCUGAUUUUAUUGAAAUUCUCAAAGCAAAUUGCAAUCCAUUCGAUCCACAAUUAGAUAAAGAAAAUCUGUACAACAUUGCUACUUCAAAGCCUGCUUCUCCUGAAGUUGCUGACUUUUUAUUGAAUAUUCAAGAGAAUGGUGAGAAUUUAAGGAACCGAUUUAUCAAUGAAUGCGCAGAUGAUGAGAGUAGAUUUGAUAAACCAAUAAAAAAAAAUAAAGUUUUUAAUUUUGCUGAAGCGCCAAAAAAGAAGAAAUUGACGCUAGGGAAUAAAGUUGUUGAGCUGCGAAUGCAGAGAGAUCUAUUUGGUAGAAUGCUGGGAAUUUCUCUCACUCACAAGGUUGACAUUGAAAAAGUUUUGGCAUUUCCACUUACCCCGAUGCCAACGUCAAUGUGUCAUCCAGAUGGUUCAAUAUGUAAAACCGACAAAUCGCAAUUAGCAAAGUUAAUAGAGAAGAAAUUGGACAACACUAUAGAUCGACAACCGUCAACUUUUGAUGUUUGUCUUGUUGAUGGUUUUUUUGUUGCAUCUGAUGAAAGAUGUGCCACAAACCUAUGA